AAGUCUCAAAUAAGUGCCUCAAAAGCCAGGUAACUCCCCAGGCUCCCAUGACGCACAUCAAUUAAGCAGUUAACAAAGAGCAGAGCAAGCUGAGCUCAGCCCUAAAUCCCUUAUUGAAACCCCUCUGCAAUUCCUGAAAUUAUUGGAAUUUCGAAGGUGAGGGAAACCCUCUGCAAUUCCUGAAAUUAUUGGAAUUUCGAAGGUGAAGGAAACCCUAACAAUGGUUGAUCAAAACCCUUAUUCAUUGGGAGAACCGAAUUUUAUUCACGAUGAAGAUAUACGGCUUGAUGCGAUCAAAGCUAGAUUUAGAAAUGUCAUCAAACGACAUGCUGAAUUGACGGAGCGUCUUUCAAGGGACUCUGACAAGAUGGUUUUUGAGCGUUUGCAGAAAGAAUUUGAAGCCGCACUAUCAUCUCAAACUGAAGAGAUUUAUCUGGAAGGUGAAGAAUGGAAUGAUGGGUUGUUAGCCACAAUAAGAGAGAGAGUUCACAUGGAGGCAGAUAGGAAGGCAACAGGGGACUCAUGUAUGGAGCUAGAUUCUCCCUUUCUUGAAAAAGUAACUUACAGGGUGGGAAGUAAGGUAAUAUGUUGCUUGGAAGGUGCAAGAAUUGGUAUACAGUAUGAAACAUCGUUUGCUGGAGAGCCAUGUGAACUGUAUCACUGUGUGCUUGAGAGCAAGUCAUUUUUGGAGAAGAUGACGGUUUUAGAGCAUACCAUUCCUUUCUUUCUUCCUAUACGAGAAGCUGAAAAUGAUUUACUCUCGUCCAAUGCAAUGAAAUUUAUAGACCAUGUUGGGGAACUGUUGCAAGCAUAUGUGGAUAGGCGGGAGCAGGUUCGUGUUAUGAAAGAGUUAUAUGAGAAUCAAAUUGGAGACCUUUAUCAUAGUUUGCCUUAUCAUAUGAUCGAAUUCGUGCUGGAGGAUUUUGAAUGCACCAGGAUCACCAUCAGUCUUAAAUAUGCAGAUUUGGUGUCUGUCCUUCCAACUCGAGUCAGAGUCAUGGCUUGGCCAUUGAACUCAUCCAAAAAGGGCAUUUCUCCGGUACUGAUGAGCAGGAAGGGAAGUGGAGCAUUGCCAAAUCAUCUUAUUCCUAUGCGUUUAUCUUAUGCAGAAGAUGCCCUACGAAUUUUUAGUUUACCUGAAGCUUUUGCAGAAAUCGUGUUGAACUUAUCACCUGCACUCCAGCAGAUAUUCUCUUCAUAGAUAUUGAUAUUCUGAAGAUUGAGAUGUAGAAAGCUAGAGGCAAGUGGAGUCAUUUGCAGCCAAUAUGGUGUCCAACAUGCUGCUGUGUAUAGUCAUUUUACUCAUUUAUAGGCCUUUGGUUUCAGAAAAAUAGAGGGGAGGAGAUUAGUGUAGACUUUGUAGAGUAUGCUAUUUUUGCAUUAUCAGUAUUGUGUAAUUCAACAAUUCAUAAAACACACUCUUCAGAAACUUGUUUUUCCAUUUUUUUUUUCUUUCUGAUUUAUCGAUUUAUAUUCCCUGCC